AUCACUUCACGUUGAUGUCCCAGGGCGUUUAUUCAUCAAAGACCCUUGUUGGGCCAUGGCAGCAGCAAAGACAGAUCGAAAAGGACAGACUUGAAGAUUUUCUCGAACGAUGCCGCAAGGGGCAACUGGCGAUCCAGGGGAUGACGGAACUUUAUCAGAGAUUUACAGAAACAUCAAAAUGUCGACGGAUGGUUGUGUGCGCUUCUGCGAUUCCUACGUCUUUCUUUGCCCGCCCUCUAAGCCUCAGUACGUGGAACUCGGGUGGUGCAAUGAAAGACCACAGACUAUGCUCACGGCUGAUUACGAACAGUGCUUGGCCGCUGGUGAUGUGGUCGUGCGUGACGGGAACGGAGUGACUGCAUCCACGUGUAUUCAGCCCGUUGCACGUUCUGUGUUUCAGAUAUUCAGCCCAAAGGCACUUCCGGACGAUUGUGUGGUUACCUAUGGAAUUCCGAUACAAUUCCGUUUGGCAAAUACAAAUAUUGGUCCCGAACGAGUCUACCUGGCCAGCGACAACGCGUCGCCAAUGAGCGCAAAUCGAAUGUCCGGACAUCAACGUGUGUUCCUUACGACAGACAAAGACAGCUUCCUGACACACUGGAAAAUCGAGCACCAAAAUCCAGAUCUACGUAUGGAGUCUGAGGGAUGUCCAGUAAAAGUAAGUUCCGCAGAGUUUGCUGCUCUUCUUCUCUUUGAAGACUAUUUUAGCUUGAGCAUAAUAGAAUGCCCGUCCGAUACGUUGGUUUUGAUCAAGCAUUGCCGCACAAACGCUGCAAUUGCCGUUGAGGACAGGUUCACAAAAAACCUGAGUUUCGGUCAAGAGUACGAGGUCAGCUGCCACACUUAUCUGGAUGGACACCGGGCCGAGAAAGAUGUUAACCUAUUCUCAUUGGCUACCAUAAUUCCACCAAAUAACUCCUAGAACAAUGUCAAUGAGUACACUGUCAUACUAGAGGUACCAAUCAGCAGUAACUGCACACUGACAGUUCUUGAACAACUAUACGUGUUAUGGAAAUAAAUUAUUUGCUAGAAGAGUACGAUUUCCUGAAAUAGUUGGCUUUGGA